AAGCUACAGUGCUAAACAGCAUGAUACAUCCAGGGCUUUGAGCUAUCACACAUCGGGACUUACGUGUUCCUUGACUCAGAAAUUUUGGCCUACAUUGCUGGAAAGAAAGUAAUAUUAAAGUAUUAUUUUCGCCAAGAAAGACAACAAAAUCAAAUGACAGAGUCGGGGAUUGACCUUGGAUUUGACGAGUCUGAUUUCUCGUUCGAUGAAUGUCUGUUUUCAGACUUAAAACUAGACGAAUUGCAGGUGAAAGAAUUUGAUUUCCACCAACUGAAGAGCAGAUCGGUGGAAAAAGACAGUCCUCUUCGAAGACCUCAGAACCUAACCAGUCAGAUGACCUCGCGCGCCAACUUCAAACAACAGUUGAUGCGCCAGCAGGUGGAGCAACAGGAGCAAUUGGAACAGCAACAAAAGGCAAAUUUUGCGGGUCCUUCGUUUCCUCAGACGAGACCUAUUGAGUUACAGCAACAGCCACAGUUGGCCACUAUCCCUGAAGUUCCAAAAGACGUCCUUGUGGUGAAAACAAAGCUACAGCAUCCAACACGUUAUCACGUACAGGCGAGACAGAAGCAACAGGUAAACGAGUACCUAUCGAAGUCGACAUUGUCACCAGGAUAUCUGCAACAAUUGUCUCCAAACCGCAAUGGCUCACAGUCCAGUAUGCCGAACAGUCCUAUGUCAGGCACAGAAGUAGACAUUGACGAACUCUUUUCUCUUCAGUCGAACAGCAUAGAUUUUGGGUUCCUAGACACAGACCCACUGUUUCCUAACACAAUGCCUGUUUCAAACACGUACCUCGAUCAACUUGGGCCAAAUUCUGUGUCGGUUGCUCCUGCAGCUAUUCCAAAGACAUCGUCUUCAUGUCCUGCUGACUUGGAUAAACUGAAUCCAGAGCAGCUAGUAUUUACCGAUGAACAUACAAGAGUGGCAUACAUGAAGGAACGACAAAAGAAAGACAACCAUAACAUGAUCGAAAGACGACGACGCUUCAACAUCAAUGAUCGAAUUAAAGAGUUAGGAACUUUGAUACCAAAACAUGCUGACCCAGAUCAACGUCAAAACAAAGGCACCAUUCUGAGGUCGUCGGUAGAUUACAUCAAAAGAUUACAACGGGAACAAGCAAAAUACAAAGAAGCAGCUGAGAAACAAAGACAGCUUCAAGCCAUGAAUAGGCGGAUGAUGCUUAGAAUACAGGAGCUUGAAAUGCGCUGUCAACAACAGAGUAUCCCAACAAAAGCCUUUAGCGAGGAAACAAAAACAGAGAACAUUGCAACAGAUUUCCUGAAGCUUCAAGAAGAUCCAAUGAUGGACUUGAAAAUUAAGACCGAGCCAGUCACAGAACUUGAUAUGUUAUCAUUAAGCAAUAACUUACCGCUACCCGAGAUGCCGUCAUUCAUGUCGUUUGACAUGAACCCAUCCUCAAUGGUUGUUGAGAACAUGGACGAACCUUCACCAAUAUUGGCAGAUCCAUUGUUAUCUGCAUCAAGUAGUCGAAAGAGUAGUUUAACAAGUAUGGAUGACCUCUAACUGUUGACCUCUAACUGUUGACCUCUACCUGUCGUUAAAUUUUUAUUUUUAUUUACAGACCAGUAAAUAUAUCAUUUCUGGUUGAUUAUGAUUAUUGUUGUUAAAUAUUUCUUGAAAAACACAGGUUUUGAUUGAGUAAUUGGUAAUCAGCUUUGGAUAUUAUGCAGAUUCUAGUGUUUUCAACAGUCUGCAUAAAAACUGCACGUUUUUCAUGCGCUAUGCUUUGAGCACAAGUUAAAUCUUUAUUUCUGUGAAGCUCUAUCUAUACUAUAACAUUGUAUGUGAUAAAUACAUGUGAUUUUCCCAUCUGGGUAUGAUAUGGAAUCAUUUUGCCUAAAUAUUGAUGUAAUAUGACAUCAUCACACCCAUUAUGAGUAUGGUAAUUAUCAUGCAUAAAUAUGGAUGUAAUAAGACAUCAGCAUGCCCAUAUACAGACAAUUCACAUAAGCCUUUCACAUUAAACUUGGUAGAGUGGAUAGCGCUUCAAAGUUGUUCUCAGUUUUCAAUAGCAAGAGUUUACUUUUAUUUUGUAUAAAAUUCUAAAGUUGCUGAGAGUUUUUGAGAUGAUAUUGAAAUUAUAUAUUUUCAAAAUAUGUAUGUUUAGGAUUAUGUCAAGCACAAAUAUGAACUGAAAGUAUAUUAACAGUAGAAGGAAGUGCUGUGAACAGUAAUGUUCUUUGUGUUCUUACAAUGACUUGCUUGUUGAUGUGUUUAUAUGUUUUGCUUUUCAAAAUAAUGAAAUAGAAUAUAGCUUCAAAUAUAUGGAAUUUUACCAGUAGGAUUAGCUAGUCUAAACAUGUCUAUAACUUGAAGUAUUUGUAUUAAAAAUGGUUAAAACUAUAGCUUGCCAGAGUAAGUUUUUUUUUCAUGAUUUUUCCCAAUUUAUUUAGCAUUUGUGUCCCUUUAAAGGGGUGGGGGAGGGGGAGUGCCUUAUGUGUACAUAUGAGUAGAGGCCAAGCCAGUAGACUGGGGGUUCUGAAAUCAGUUUUUUUAGACAUUCCACCUAUUUUAAGGUAUUUUUAUUGGCUCAAUUUUACAACUAUUUGAUUGUAAUAUUAUUCUUUAUUGAAGAAUAUGCAACUGGUGAUUGAGGGUGGAUUGAGGUAGGGUACUAUUAGUUGUUGUGUUUGUGCUAAAUCAAAUGUUCUUACUUAUUCAUAUUAUGCAACAAAUAUUUUGAGCAAAAUCCCUGUUGAAUUUGUUUAAAAGAUUUUAAUGGGGAUUUUGAGCACAAUUUAUUGCUAAAAAUAAUAUAAACUACAUAAAAACAUUCAAUAUAUAUACUCCUCAUGAAAUGAUAUAGUUUCUGCCAGAAUUCUUAAUUUUGUACUGAUGUCAAAGUUGAAUGAAAUGUAUAGAUUUGAACCCUGACCUGUAUUUAAAUGUCAACAUUCUUUCUUUAAACAUGAAAUGUGAAUUGAUGUGUUUCUUGCGGGACACUCACUGCACCCAACUAUGGAGAAUGCAGCGCCACAACGCACCGGCAACGCAUCAUUUUAGUGACGAUCCGUUCAAAAGGCCUUCGACAAUCAGCAGAUGGCUUUGCAUCGUCUUGCACUAGCAGGAAGCAGGGUUGGAUUCAUCAUACGGUGCAUGCAGUGAGUGUCCGGCCUAAAAAUGUUUUAAAACAGUGAUUGCUAAUUUUAUUAUAUAAGUUGAAAAAUAAGUGUAUAGCUUAAAAAAAUUUGCUGUGAUUCUUUCUGCUAAACAUUUAGAUACUAUAUUUAAAUUUGGCAAUGUAGAAAAAUGUUUACAAAUGAUGGAUUUUAUUAUUAACUGAAAUUUUAAUAAAUUAUAUUAUUAUAGAUUAUAUAUUCAAAGAUGGAUACAUAUUAGCAAAGGGCUAGAUUUUCCCAGUUUCUUAUUUGUAACCAGAAAAGACUGAAACCAGGAUGCCUGAACAAUGAGUUGAAUACAGUGUAUUUCAGAAAAAGGAUUUAAAAACAGAAGUGUAGCACAACAGGUUGUUACCUUAUACUAAAUUGUAUUUUGAGAAAAAUUGUAAAUAUUUGUACAUAUAUUGAAAUAUGGGUAACCAGAUUUUCCUUGAUGGAAUCGUUGAGUAGAGUGCUAAAACUCACACAGUUAUAUAAAUAUUACAUUUCAAGAAACCAUUUUCAUGAAGCAACUUGAAACAAUUUUGUACAGAUGCCCACAAAUUAGUGGUUUAAAAUCGGAUUUUUUUUUUACAAAAUGCUCCAAUUCUAUGAGAGAAAAGGUAGCAUAAAUACAUAAUUAUGAAUAAACGAAAAUAUGAAAAGAAAAA